ACGACGUUGGCCGGGCCAAAGCGCCGCACUAUCACUCGGCGGGAGCAUGCGAUGGGGUGGAGGGCGCGCCCAAGAGAGGUGGUUCUUAUCCUUCUGACUUUCCAAGCUUUCGUGCCCAGACACGUCGCAGGUGGCAAACUGCCUUCUGAUGCAGAUGCUGAGCCUGAGGCAAUUGGCCGACUGGUAGCGUUAGGUGCCAUCGACGGCUUCGGGUCAACGGCCGUGGAUGGUAGCGAUGCAGAAUGCCUCAUGUCAGGCACUGAAAGUGGAGGCGGCAUUCUCUUCAAUGCAUCUGCCCGCUUUGUGUCCCUGUUGCAUGGGGCAUUGCAUUUGGAUGAGGCGAGCGGGGCGCAAAUGGAUUCCAAGACGAUAGCGAGUCUUGUGGGUAGCUUGCAAGCUCUGAUCGAGCUGGAGGGCAGCGUGGCUGCCGCUUGCUUGCCUCACGACGUUCUGCUCAGCCUGCGGCGAGCGAGUGACGCGCUGCUGCAGCUGCAGCUGCGCGAAGGGCGGCUGAUGCUGCAGAAAGCCGACAUCCACGACGACCUGGUCACCGCGUCCAAGGACUUUGAGCUGCAGGACUACGCGUCUUUCGGUCGGGACUUGGGGCAGGUUUGGCGGCAGGCCUUAAGCGAGGCCUCACCUGCAAAGCAGCAGGAGCCAAAGGACCCUGUGCCUGUUGGAUCAAAGAGUCCGACAUCUUCAGAUGAGAUUUUGGAGGUCACUUCCGCCCUGCUGCUCAGCUUUUUUGGCCACGGAACAGACGGCCACGAUCUUUUCCUCUGGGAGCGGCCCUUGUCCUUCAACAAGUGCAUCCAGCAGGAGGUGCUCCAACUGCAGGCCGUCUGGAGCUCCGUCGGCGAUGUGCUCCGGGCGGGAAGCGGCGCGUCCCCUUCCGCGAGACUUUGGAGUUUCUCCACCCCGGACGAGCAAGUUACUCAUCAAGAAGUGCAGAAGCUGGCUGAGCUGGGACAGAUCUUGCAGAAGCUUCCCGGCAUCUUGGGCGACUGCGGAUUGCACGGAACCACACGGCAGAUGUUCCAGCAGUCUCUGGCAGUUUUCAAGAAACCGCCGAAGCCGAUCCUCGGGGCCGCGGCCUCGUCCCUGCUGGCGCUGCAGCAGCACUGGCAAGGCCAGGCCUGGCAGGAAGCCGGGUCCAAGCUGGGCUUGCUGAUGCAGGACAUGCUGCUGGACACCUUCCCUGAGCUAGUACACCUGGACAGCGGGAGGCUGCGGGCGCAGAGGCCGCAAGGAGCUCCAGGCGUCACCACCCACGUGGUCCUCCUGUGCCUUUGCGCGGGGCUCGCGGUGCCACUGACAGGAGUGGCGGCAGCCAGGGGCUGGAACGUCCCGAGGAUCAUUCGAGCCAUGUUCGAGAUUCGUCAGGUACGUUGUGAUGAGUGCAACGAGGGCUGCGGCAACGCGGUGGAGGAGAUCACCAUAGAGACCAACCUCAACCGCUUCCGGCGUUUGGAGAUGAGCUCCUUGUUGGAGGACCAGGAGGAGAGCGUUGAAGAGCUUCAGCUCCACCAGUCCUUCAAGAAUGCUGACCCGGUAUGAGACGUUGGGGCAAAACGUUCACCCGAUGAGAGCGGG